AGGCGUCCGGUCGAUAAGCGAGGCGCUUCGGGCGGCGAGGAGGCGCUUUUUCGGUCGUGUGCGUUCGGCCGCGCGAGUGCCGUCGGGACGUCGGAGCCGAGAAUUCGUGACGGGUGACGCGAAUCAGUUGGUUUCGUCACGAAGCGGCGACGGCGUGCGUGUACGCGCGAUAAAUACGGGACGCGAGUGCCGAUAACCACGACGAUGCUGUGCGGGACGAUGCGACGACGAGCCGCGUAAAAUCAAUCGCGCGCGCGUCGCACGUCGACGGGGGGAGGCGACCGCCGUCGGCGCCCGCGACACGUCCCGAAACAUGCGUCCGCUGCGGGGCGACGGGAACCGUGCGACAACCGAGGAGGCUCCUUCGAGGAACUGCCAGAGGGACCGUCGCCACCACCACCAUCGCCGCCGACGCCGCCACCAUCGCCGUGAUCACGCGUGAGUCAGUGCGGGAUCGGACGGAGGCGACGCACGCAAAAUGGCUUCGGGCGACAAUGUGGACGUGAUCGAGGUGGUCGAGACGACCAACUUCAUCGGCCCGACGCAGCGCACCUCGGCGGGUCACAGGCUGGAGCAGUCCACCGCCGAGGAAGACUAUAAGUCGAUCGGAGAAAAAACAACAGCACUUGACAGCUCAGUAGUACAACAUGGUGGUACUACGGAUCUCAAGACACCCGCGGGGGUGUCGAGGAAUAUAUCGGAAAGGGAGAGAAAGAUUGGGCACCGAAGAGUCGGAGCGGAUGGUGAAAUCACGUACAAGAAGAUCCAAACCAGCCAAAUCAUGGGAUCUAUCCAGCUGGGUAUACAGCACGCGGUUGGUAGCCUCGCGAGCAAACCCGAGCGCGAUUUAUUGAUGCAGGACUUUAUGACGGUGGAGACAACGAACUUUCCCAGCGAGGGAUCGAAUCACACUCCGGCCCAUCAUUUCUCGGAGUUUAAAUUUAAGAAUUAUGCGCCCAUUGCAUUUCGUUACUUUAGGGAUCUCUUUGGCAUUGAACCGCAGGACUUUUUGAUGUCAAUGUGUCACGCGUCGCUGCGUGAAUUAUCAAACCCUGGCGCUAGUGGGAGUAUCUUUUAUCUGACGUCUGACGAUGAAUUCAUCGUAAAGACCGUACAACAUAAAGAGGGAGAGUUCUUGCAAACUUUACUUCCGGGAUAUUACAUGAACCUAAAUCAGAAUCCACGAACGCUGUUGCCAAAGUUUUUCGGAUUGUACUGCUAUCGGUGUAAUAGUAAAAACAUUAGGCUAGUGGCUAUGAAUAAUCUUUUACCUUCGAUCAUAAAAAUGCAUCAAAAGUACGACCUGAAGGGAUCCACGUACAAGAGAAAAGCAUCGAAGCUCGAACGUUCGAAGUCUUCUCCGACGUACAAAGACCUGGAUUUUAUAGAGCACCAUCCAGAGGGCAUCUUUCUAGAAGCUGAUACGUACAGCGCACUAGUGAAAACUAUCCAACGGGACUGCCGCGUACUGGAAAGCUUCAAGAUCAUGGAUUAUUCGUUGCUCGUUGGGAUCCACAAUCUCGACCAGGCUGCGAAGGAAAAACAAACGCAAAGAUUAUCGGCGAGCGCCGAUGAAGACACUGGAGACAUGGGUGGCGAGAGUGACGAAUUUCUUCAAAACGAACGGGACAAGGAGAGGGAAGACAGAAUAGGCGCCGCUGCGUUGAACCGAUCGCGCAGCAUAAAUCGCCAGAAGAUCGUCGCUCAUAGCACGGCGAUGGAGAGCAUUCAGGCUGAGAGCGAGCCGAUCGAUGAGGAGGCCGGCGUCCCAUCGGGCGGCAUCCCUGCCAGAAACGCGCGCGGCGAACGUCUCUUACUGUUCCUUGGCGUCAUCGACAUCUUGCAGAGCUACAGGCUGAAGAAGAAGCUGGAGCACACGUGGAAGUCGAUGAUACACGAUGGAGACACCGUGUCGGUCCAUCGGCCGGGAUUCUACGCGCAGCGCUUUCAAGAUUUCAUGGCCAAAACAGUAUUCAAGAAAAUACCGUCACUGGACCUGCCUGAGAUUAAGGGGAAUCACCGCAAAUUCCGUAACCUCGUCACCAGCUAUAUAGCCUUGAAACAUUCCCCGUCGAAGAGGAAGAGCAUAACCAGACCGCUGAGGCCGUUGGAGGGUGACUUCGAUUCAACCGCGGUGGCGGCAACUGGAGGUUCGACAAUGCAUGCUACAUCACCCACGAAGGCCGUUAGCCCGCCCGAUCCUGCGAUCAGCGCGACGAACGCCGCGGUCACGAGCGGAUCAGUGCCGAUCGCCACCUCGACCCCGGUUAGUCUUGCUGCCGGUCCGCUCAGCCCGCCCCCGUUGACCCUAGCCGCCGGCCAGGGUACCCAUCACGAGCAUCCGCCCGGGGCCGCCCCCACGGCCAAGGUCACGAGUUACCCAGCCGUGCUGAAGGGUAGAAGCGCGGCCAGUCCGCCGAACCCGAACCUGGUGCCGUCCGGCAAGAUCCCACCCCCGGUGCCACCGCGAGGCACGGGCGCCUCGAGGACCAGCAGGUCCUCCGAGGAGCACCGGGCAGCCGGCACCGCCACUUCGACAUCGUCGUCGGUGACUUCCAGCCGAGGUGAUGAAGCAGCCAUAAUCACGAGAUACCGCUUGCAUGACAACCCGAGCAACCUGCACCACCUGCCCCUAUCACCCGACUGUUCCACCGCCUCUACUUCUAUCACCACCGCUAAAACCGUGACCUCCACUGUCACUGCUGAUACUACUUCUACUACUGCCGCUGCCGCUGCUGCUGCUGCUGCUGCUUCUUCUUCUUCUUCUUCUACUAAAGCGAUCUCAAACCUCGCGUUGCAUGCCCGUACAAAGACGUUCGACACAUAUCGCGUCACACAUCGCGACCGCUCUGGCCGAGAGGUUGAACGUGAUCGGCUGAUGAAUCCUACUAAGAAUAGGGGUAUCCGAAUACCUGACGAGGACGAGGAGUUUGUCAGCGUAGAGAAAGUCGAAGGCGCUUACUUCAUUAAGACCAGCCCGCACCCCUUCAGACCGCAGAGAGGAAUUUACCGAUCAGAUCGCUGGGGUGGUUCCAAAGAGGCUACGAAAACUGGAGAUUAUAGAGCCUCGAGGAAUGCUGAAGAGAGGAAGAGCACUAAGAUGGAUCAUGUAGCAAAAUUCACGUACCCUUUGAAUCCAGGUUGCCAAGCUGAUCUGAUCAACUACAAGAUGUCGCGAAAGGACAAGAAACACUCCGAGACAUAUUACGAAAGAAUGAAGAGGAGGCAGAAGGACCUCGAAGCAUCUAUCACGACCAUCACGACAAUAUCACGUCGUAAGUCAGUGGAAGGUGCGAAGGCCAUAGACACGAAAUCUCACGCCAAGAGUCAAUCCGCUGAUGAAUCGACUAAGCGUAGGAUAUCGAGAUACGCGUCGAUUAAGAAGAACAGCACGUUGCUGCAAAAGAUCCGCAAGAAGUCUAGGAGAAAGAAGCGACUUGCACCGAAAACACCAUCGAAAACACAAACUCCUGGAGCUUUCAAUGGGAAUUCGUGCACAGAAGAGAAAACGAAGACGGAAAACAAGAGAUUGUGUUCCAAUACUGAUUCGAGAGAGAGACGCAAGAAUGAUGAUUAUCAAACUUUUUACGAAAAAAAUAAAGCAAAUCUUGAAGGUGAGAAGAGGAAACCAGCAAUGAGAUGCGACAAGACUUCUUUUACCGAGAAGAUAAAUAUUUCUGAUUUAAAUCGUGAGCAAGAAAAUAAGAGAGGCGGAUUCAAGGGAAUCUUCCCGAAAGAUUACCGCGUUGAGGCUCGAAGUAAGCAGAGUAAAGUAGUUCGUGAACAAAUCAGCAAGUUUGAUCAAACUGAUCAGACUAAUUUAAAGAAAUUAAAGAGAAUUCCUGAAUGUAAAGACAAUCAAGAUUCUUCGAAGCUCGAUUGUAGCGCAGGUGGAAGCUACAACAAAGAUACUAAAAAAGAUCAUUCGACAAGUAUAAAUCGAGAGCCACCGCGAAGCACAACCAGCAGGGAAGUAUUUGCGUCUUCCAGUCUCGACAAUAUUAGAAACGGGAGCAGUGACGUCGUGAAAUUUUCCGUUUCCGAGAAGGUGAAGAGCUCCGAGAAGAUCAAACGGAAUGUGAGAGACGAAGCUCGACGAGGAGACAUACAUUUGUACAACUUUGAUCACAAACGGAAAAAUGAACUUGGAGCCGUCAAACAAAAAUUUGCACUACCUGCCGAUCAAACCCGAUUGAACCAAAGAGAAGAAAAAAUCAGCUCGAAAGCGAGAAUGCUAUGUACUGAACGCGAACAACAAAUAUUCAGGUCGUUUUCAAGCGGCCAUUGCAACGAUCCGUCACUAAAUCCACGAGAAUUUGGAAGACUACCAAACGUCUCAUUUUUGCAUACUUAUCAAAAGACGAUCAUUCACGUAAAAAUAUCUCCCGGCCAUUAAUUACUUCAUUUUAACAUUAACACGUAUUUUAGAUUUUCACGAGACUGAAUAAUAGCAAAAAA